AUGGGUUCUGAAGAGUACAAAGUUGAUGAGAAAGAACUUUUUAGUGAAGAAAAACUUGCUUAAGCCAGAUUAUCUAUCCAAGAAAAGCUAAGAAUGAUAUCACAAGAACAAUAAUAGAAAAAAGAAGAUGGAGACAUCCCAGAAUUUGAACAUAACCCAGCAAACUUUGAAUUUACUAAAAUAAAUAGAACUGUAAAAGAUGUCUCAAGCAAAAAAACCUACUUUUAUAAGAAUACUCUGAAUUUUAAUAAAGAGACUGGCCAGGGUAUAUUGGUAUUUUAGAUGAACAAAGACAUAUACUAGACUGCUAAUAUGGUUGAUAAUCUUGUGGCAGCAUUUACAUUAUACUCUGGAUUCAAGUUAGGCUCUCAAAUAUAUUUUCUAAGCACCCUUGGACUAUAAGGAUUCUCCUUUUUUUAUUCAGGAUUGUGGGCAGUUUUGUUUUUCGGCCAAAUUAAUUAUCUGACAACAAGUUACCUAAGACAAGCGUUCUUAAUAUCUGAGAUUGAGCUUCUACCGAAUCUUGAGGAAGUUAAAAUAAGAACAAUUCUUAAUGAUAAAGUGAAUAUCUUUCGGUCUAAUAAAAUUUAGUCUGAGAUUACAGCAAAGAUAAGUGAGGUAAAGUAUUCUGAGAAAGACAAGCCUAAUAGCCCCAUUUUGAGAGUUUUAGUAGGAGACACGAGAUACUACUGCCAUAAAAAUGCUUCUAAAAUUUAAGACUUUGAGCUUCUCAAAGCUAUUCUUACACCUAAUGUGAGCAGAAUUGAUUACUUUAAAUGA